GUGUUGCUGCUGGGUGACUCUGGUGGUGGAGGAAGCGCCUGCCCGCCUGCCCGCCGACCUGCCCGCCCUGGGAUCCUGCCCUUGCAGGCGGAGCAAAGGCAGCUAUGGCAUCGGAGAAAACCAGGGAAGAGGAAGAAGAGCGCCCGCUGCCACCACCACCCUCGGGCCAGGAGCUGCCCAGCGGUCCCUUGGGCCAGGCGGCCGCCCCCUGUGACCCCACCCCACCCAGAGGACUUGCCAGCUUGCCUCUCAGCACAAGUGCCCUUUCCGCCGACGGAGACGCCGGCCUGCCGCCACCUGUGCCCCAGGGCCCCCACCCCUGGGAAGACGAGAACGGGGAAGGCGGCCCCUCUGAGGAUGCUGCCGAAAGGGACUGCAGGACUCUGGAGACGGACGCCCACUGGCCCGCUCCCAAGGGCCAAGAGGGCCCAGCGGAAGAGCCCACCGGCCCCCCUGGCCUGCCUUCCACCAAGGCUGCCCCCUCUGGAGAGGAGCUGUCUUUGCCCGGCUUGGACAGGGCGGCGGGAGAAGAGAGCGCCCCCCGGUCUGGGGAGCCGCGACCGACGACUCCCCCGCUUCCACAAACAGACUGCUCUGGGGACCCAAUGGGCGCCGUCCUUUGCUGCUCCAAGGCCGAGCUGGGAGCGUGGGUGUUGCAGCACGGCCAGAGGCAGAACGGGUGCCUGGACGUGGAAGACGCCGCCCUGGCGGCCCCUCUGCCGGGGGAGGACCCAGAGCCCGAGGAGGACCCCUCCUCCAAGCCUUCCCAGAAUAUCGCAGUGCAGACUGACUUCAAGGUUGUGGACCUGGAGGUGAACACAGAUCAGGACAUUGAAAAGAACCUGGAUAAAAUGAUGUCUGAGCGGGCAUUGCUGAAGGAGCGCUAUCAGGAAGUGCUGGACAAGCAGAGACAGGUGGAGAACCAGCUCCAGGUGCAGCUGAAGCAUCUCCAGCAGCGGAGGGAGGAAGAGAUGAAGAACCACCAGGAGAUCCUGCAAGCUAUCCAAGAUGUGACCGUUAAACGGGAAGAGACCAAGAAGAAGAUGGAGAAGGAAAAAAAGGAAUUUCUGCAAAAGGAGCAGGACCUAAAAGCAGAAAUCGAGAAGCUCUGUGAAAAAGGCAGCAGGCUGCUGAAGGAGCAGGAGGAGAAGGAAGGCAAGAUCGUCUCCCUGGUGGCUGAGCAGUCGGAGGAGAAGGAGGCGUGGGAGUUGGAACUGGACAAGCUGAAGGACCAGCAGAAUGAAAUCAACAGGUCUGUCCUGGAGGAGACGGAGCGGGCCUGGAAGGCAGAGUGGGGCUUCUGUUCUUUCCAGAUCCUGUCCCUGGAGAGCCGGAAGGAGUUGCUGGUGCUGAAGCUGAAAGAGGCAGAAAAAGAAGCCGAGCUGCACCUCACCUACCUCAAGUCAGCCCCACCCACCCUGGAGACCAUUCAGCCCAAGCAAGAGUGGGAGACGAGGCUGAACAGAAUACGGAUGACCAAAGAGAGCGUCCGUGAUCAGUUCAACGACCACAUCCAGCUGGUACGGAACGGGGCCAAGCUGAGCAGCCUCCCGCAGAUCCCCACACCUUCCCUGCCGCCACCCCCACUGGAGGCGGACUUCCUGCUGCCGGCUUUCCAGCAAAGCAACCCUGCCCUCCCCCCUCGCCUGCCUUUCCCCGUCGGGACGGUCCCCGUGCCCAUGCUGAUGCCCAGCGCGGACCCCCGGGUCCUCUCCUUCCCCCUCCUGAACCCUUCCCUCUCCAGGCCCAACCAGCCCUCGCCCCCCUUGCCGGCCUCCCAGGGCCGGAGCAGCCCCAUGCUCACCUCGCUGGCCAACGCUCGCACGACGCCCACGGCUUCGCUCCCUCCCCCGCCGGGCCUUGGCGGGGUCAAAGUGGUGCCCGAGUUCCCCCACAGACCCCCGCCGGUGGACAAGUUGGAGAAGAUCCUGGAGAAGCUGCUGAUGCGCUUUCCUCAGUGUAACAAGGCUCAACCCACCAACAUCCUGCAGCAGAUCAAAGCGGCCCGGAGAACGCUGGCCGGCCUCACCAUGGAGGAACUGAACCAACUGGUGGCGGCCAAGCUGGCUGAGCGGCAGGAAAGGGUGGCCGCGGUUGGCACGCAGCCUCACAGCCGGAUGUGCCCCUCCAUCUUUCCUGCUCCUCUGCCUCAGAUCAGCAGCCCUAUGUUCUUGCCCUCGGGCCAGGUCUCCUACGCCGGGACCCCCCCUCAGGCGCCUGCCACCUGCAAACUCUGCCUGAUGUGCCAGAAGCUAGUCCAGCCCAAUGAGCUCCACCCCAUGGCCUGCUCCCACGUGCUCCACAAGGAGUGCAUCCGGUUCUGGGCUCAGAGCAACGCGGAAGAUGCCUGUCCUUUCUGCCCCAGCCCGAAGUGACCCCCCAGUCCAGCCCGGCCCACCCUUCUUGGGGGCACCGAGGAUGAGGCCCCCCCUCCUUUCCCAGGCAGGGAGCAGAACGUGGAGGCCACGGCGAGUGGUGUCCUGGGGUUUCUACAGCUCUAUAUUUAUACAGCCGUGUAUACACAUGUACAUUUUUAUUCUAUAGGGAAUGUGUGUAUAGAAAGUCUGUAUACAUACCAGUUCAUAAUAAAGUGUGUAUAUUAUGCAGAGCUC